AUGGCUUCCACGUCUUCCGCCGCGGACAGCUCGGCCGGCUCGUGUCUCUUUCUGGAUUUUCUCAUUACCGUCGCACGCGAAGACCGUCAGCGGAUGCUCCAGAAGCCGUCGUGCUGUGAGAAUUGCGUAUUUGCUUCUAAGAAACCUCGAAAAUUUGCAGGUUUCUUCAUCUAUCGCAUGCUGCCGCCGAUCGCCCAACAAAUCACAAUUCAGCUGAUUUGGAAGGGAAAUUUCCCGUAAUUAAAAUUCUGCAAACGCGCUACACCGAACUUGUAAUUUCAGAAAAGCCGAUGACGUGGAGCUGACCCGUUCGAUUGAGAGCCAGGUGAAAUUGCUCGAGGACCUGGGACUUGUCCACCGUGAUGCACAGGAUAAACUUGAUAUUGAUGUACUGCUCUAAAAAUUUCUUUAAAAAAGUUCGGAGUUUUCAGCCGGAUUACAAGCGCUCGUACAUGUACGCAGCGAUGCUCGGCUCCGCCCAAAUUUCCAGUUUGGUGCUCGAGACGAACGAGGAGAAACGGCGGGGACGGGACGUGAAUUCGAAAGCCUCCGAACGAUGGGAUUGUAUUCUUAGGUCAGGAAAGUGCUCUAAAAUCUUUAGAAAGCUUAAAUUUCAGAUAUCUGGCCCUUCCGUCCGAGGAGAACACGCAGGCCGUCUCGGAAACCACACGGAAUCUGUUCAAAAAGGCGAACUUCACAAGCGGAGAGUCCCGCAUCGAAAUCACCACCACCGGCUUCCAGUUCCUCCUGCUCAGCCCCGUAAAGCAAAUGUGGACGUAUGUGAUCGAGUAUCUGAAGCUGGAGAUUGGCCAAAAACAGGAUAUCGUCGAGGUGAUCGAGCCGCUCAUCCAAAUCGUGCUGCUCGCGAAUCGAGGUAAACCUGAAGCGCAGCGAACACCCGCUCACCCCCGUCAGUCCAAGUUACAGGAUUCAAAGCCGAAAAGGAGUGCUACCAGAUCGACGCGAACUGGUCGCAGUGUCAGCAAGAGCUGCUCAACCAUCUGCGCGAGCUCGGCGUCAUUUUCAUUCGCAAACGCAAAGACGGCGUCUUCUUUUUGACGAAGCUUCUGACGCAUCUGGCGACGAACGAAACUGUCGACGACUCGUCUGUUGAGAAGGUGUCGAACGGAAAAAUAAUUGUGGAGACCAACUUCCGCGUGUACGCCUACACCUCGUCACUUCUUCAGCUGGCCAUUAUUGCCCUGUUCACUGAAAUGACUUAUAGGUUCUCUUUGGAAUGUCUGGUUUUGUAAUUUUCACAUAAUCCGUUCAGAUUUCAAGACAUGUGCGUCGGCAUGAUCACCCGCGAAUCGGUGCGCGGCGCUCUUCAGCACGGCAUCACCGCCGCCCAGAUCAUCUCUUUCCUACGCGCAAACGCCCACGAGCAGUGCAUUUCGACGUCGGGAACAGUCAACUGUCUUCCAAUUACGGUAUUCAACCGCAAUCACUUGUAGCACAACUUUUUACGUUUUUCAUCACAGGUGGCCGAUCAGAUCCGUCUGUGGGAGGACGAACGUCGGCGAAUGGACCUGAAAGACUCGUACAUGUACUCGCAUUUCGAGUCCGAAGAAGAGUAUUUCGGCGUUCGUGACUUUGCCCAAGAGAAGAAGAUCCUUUUGUGGGCGGAUAAUCGGCAGAAGCUGGUGGUCGUGAACGAGGAGGGACACGAGCAAGUACGGCAGUGGUACAAGGAAACAAAGGGAGGCGGAACCGCCGGUGGAGCUUCUUCGUCCCAGUGA